AUGCCUCCUACAACACAAGAAAAGCCAUACGUCGUGAUUACCGAACAGCCGCAGUCGAAAGCUUUGCGCUUUCGGUAUGAGUGCGAAGGUCGAUCGGCUGGAUCGAUUCCCGGUGUUCGCACAACACCGGAACAGAAAACUUUCCCCAGUAUCGAGGUUCGUGGAUACAAAGGAAGAGCACUGGCGGUAGUUUCCUGCGUCACAAAGGAUCCUCCAUAUCGGCCUCAUCCGCAUAACCUGGUUGGCAAAGAGGGCUGUAAGCAAGGAGUCUGCACUGUUCAGCUUGACAGUAGCACAAUGAGCUACAUUUUCAGUAACCUAGGAAUUCAGUGUGUGAAGAAGAAAGGCAUCGAAGAGGCGCUCCGGUUGAGAGAGAACAUUAGAGUGGAUCCUUUUAGAACUGGAUAUGGCCACGCAAAACAACCUGCAACUAUAGAUUUGAAUGCCGUGCGGCUUUGCUUCCAGGUGUUUGUGGAAGGACAGCAACCUGGCCGAUUCACAGAAGCACUUCAACCGGUUGUAUCCGAUAUAAUUUUUGACAAAAAAGCAAUGUCCGAUUUGGUGAUCUGUAAGCUCAGUGAUGUCACCGCUCCAGUAACUGGUGGUAAAGAAAUUAUACUUCUGUGUGAAAAAGUGGCGAAAGAAGAUAUAUCGGUGCGUUUCUACGAGGAACAGCAUGGGAAAAUUCUAUGGAUGGACACUGGCGAGUUCCAGCAUAAUAACGUCCACAAACAGGUUGCUAUCUGUUUCAGAACACCACGAUACCGAACUCUCGAAGUUGAUCAGUCCGUGAUGGUGAAUAUUCAGCUCAGAAGGCCUUCGGAUGGGGCAACAAGCGAGCCAUUGCCGUUCGAACUUAUUCCAGUAGACACGUUAAGUCAAAAGCGAAAGCGCCAGAAAAUCAGCAGUUGUGAAAUUUCGGAACAUGUUCCAGAAGGAGCUCAUGGUGGUUUUAUUGGUCACAUGGUGAAUAUUCCGGAAGAAACAGUAAAGACCGAUCGAAGGGAGUCACCACCUCAAUUCCACGGAUUUCAAGGUACCUAUCGUUGUCCUAACGACGUUUCCAUGAUGCAAAGGUCUCCGAUUGCACCGCUAGAAAGCACUUCCACAUUCAUGGGCGAGAAUAACAUGGCGAUGCCACCACGAGGAUAUCAGCCUGGUCCUGGUAACGAUUUCUAUAUGGGAGGUCAACCAACACAGAAUCAGUACAAUUACCCACAGCAGCAACAGCAAAUUCUCCGAGCUCAGCAGCACCCGCAGAACCAGUUUCAGCUUCCAUCCACCAGUAGCAAUGUGCAUUAUAACAUGAACAACCUCAUGAAUGGUGGUCUGCCCAUCGGAAGUUCUCAGGGAACUAACCAACAGAUGGGUAAUGCAGCUGAAUAUAAUCUCAGCAAUCUGUUGGAUAUGGAGCUUGGCAAGGAGUUUACCAUGAAUUCGUCGGAGAUUAAGUCCAUCGUUGGUCAUCUUACGAUCACUGACAUUAAACAGGAGAACUAUCAGCAACGGAUGCAGGACGAGGAGGAGAAUCUUUCCAAUAGUUUUACCAGACUGACAACGAAUCCGAUGAACGAUUUGGGAAAGUAG